UGUGGUGUUUCGAAUUUCCCGCUUGGACAGGAUCUAGGGUUCUUAGCUAUGGCGCCGGCUGCCCGGGGAACCGCGAGGAAGGGGCGAGCAGCAGCGCCAGCAGCAAUAUCCUCCAUUGCGAUCUCCGAGGAAGGUAUUCUGGCUCGCAUUUCCAGCUCGGAGUCCAUCGCCGGGCUCUCGGAUCAGGUCCGAUGCUACUUAGAAUCCAACGCGAAGAAUUCCAAGGACAGUGAGGGCCAUGCGCGAGCGAAGAGGGUUGUUCCUUUCCUCGGGCGCUUGCUCAAGCUGUGUAGUGCUGAGCUGAAGAAGAUUCCAGCGGAAGGGGACACGAUGGGGUAUCAGCGGGGAGGCGAUCUCUUUGGAGUCGUGGGUGUGGCUUUGGAGUCACUGGACAGUUUAAGGCCCUGGCUUGCUAGCGGGAUCAUCGAGAUCGAGCUGCAGAGAUACGGGUUUGUGCGUCGAUUGGUGUCGUGGAAGAGGUACGGGGAAGCUGCCGCGGAGUGUAGGAAAAUACUAGCGAGCCUCAACGCUCGAGUGUUUUCUUCGGCCAAGGAUGAGAAGGGCCGGAAGAAUGCGAAGAACUCCAAGAACCAAUCUGACAAGCUGGUUUUGCCCACUCCGAAGAGCUCCGAGGACAUGGUUCCUGGUUUGCCAGCUCUAGUGGUCGGAGUGGCCACGGACUUGAUACUAUACACCGUCGAAAGUGGCGAACGAGACAUCGGCGUUUUGGAGAGUUUGGCUCGUCUUCCUCGCCAACUAGAGCCAUGGCUGAGUGUUAUGGAUUCCAAGGACCAGGGAGCGCAAAGAGACGCCGUUUUCAAGGCGUUGUACAGGUCCACUACGAUUCUGAUAGCGAGGAGUGCAAUUGAAGCCGAACUUCUUUACAGUUUUUGCACAAUUGCUCUGGUUUGGUGCAGUAUCUCGUCCCAGGUCGAUCAGUAUCUUAAGGUUGCUCGUAAAUUUUGCUCGAGUCCCACUGUUCAGGAAAAUGUUGCGUUAGAUAUUUGCUUGUUUGUAAUCGCCAGUCUACGGUCCAAAGUAGAGCUACAUUUGGUUAGUGAAGAGAUGUUGGAGGAAAGCGCCUUGAAAAUUCAGAACCUUAUGCUAAACAGUAGCAUGCCAUCAGAUGAGCUUCGGGGGCUAAUUUCAGUUACAUAUAAUAUGGGAGUGCAGUUAUACAACAAGAAGGAGUAUGACUUGGCAUGCAGGCCUCUCAAAUUGGCUCAUGACGGUGCUUGGAUCAGGGUGGAUUUCCUGUCGAUGAUGUCUGCUGUUCCGGUUGUUGAGGCUGUUUCGGAAGCUUGCGUAAAAACUUCGGCGUACGUCGACUGUUUGGUACGAAACAGUGAUACCGACUAUGGAAUAGAAGUUCUUCGAAACUCGCUGGUUUACUGGCUAAGGGUUCAUAGCCAGGGGUUCAAGCUUGAAAGUCCUCAAAGUGUAUUGAAGCUCUGGUGCAAGGUUACCCUUGAAUUCGCACCAGAACUAUGCUGCUUGUACGGCUCUUUAUGUGAUCUGCAGCCACCUGCGCCUGCUGCAUCGCUGGGGCUAAUUCUUGAAGGGCAAUUACUGGCUCUUGAUGAUACAGAAAAACAUGGGAUAGACCAAGUUAAGGAGGAACUCAUCAGUUUUCUUGCUGAUGAGGUCUACAAUGGUGGAUCUUGUCCUCUUGAACUUUCAAGAGUUUUGAUAGAGAAAGGUCGCUUUGCACGGAAGAAAGGAAUGCAGAAUCUUGGAACUGUUAUCGCUCUCCUAUCGAAGGCUUUGCUACUUUCUGAAAAUGCUAUAAGGACAGGGGAAGAAGAGAAAGUAGAAACGAACUACCUUUGUGCUGUUGCAUAUUGUCUUCGGGCACAUUGUUCUCAGGAGGCAGAUUCUUCGUCGGAGGAAUAUGUUGCGGAUUUGACGUCAGCAGUUAAAGCCUGGAGAAAGUUUCUGGGAUAUCUAAGAACUGGAGCAAACGCUGGAGCAUCUUAUAGGAUGACCAAAGAAUCAAUUUUAUUUUUAUUGAGGAGCAUGGCAGAUUUGUUGUCUUUGAAGGCACUGACGAGUCUACAAAAUGAGAUACAAUUAUUAAUAUUCGAAUUCAUUUCGUACUGGUAUGAAUCACAGAGUUCUUCAGUUUGGGAAAAUACGCGUACCAGCCAUGUUCUUUGUCUUGUUCCCCUAUCGUCGGACUUCGAAGCUAUCCUGCAGACGAAGUUUGGACAGAAAAUGGACGUUUUGUACGAUUUUGGGAAAACUACCGAUUCACUUGCGGCAGCAGUAAAGCUAGUCCUCAGUGAAGAUUUGUCCGCAUUUUCUCAACAACAUUUGUUGGAAACUGACGCGGCUCUCACAUUGGCUCGUGGUACACCGAAUAGUUUUCGGGAGCGUGUACACUUAUCAAGGUUACAGUUCUAUUUGGCUGAAGUAUUUAUGCAAAGAGGGGACUUGGAAAUGGCUAUCAAACUUGCAACCGAAAGCCUUCAAUUGCGGCUGAAGCUUCUAAAUCGUACCUUCUUGGUGUCCAAGGAUGUGAGUCAUAGCACUUCAAAAAGCAAAGUCGAGGCAGUCGGUCCUUCUGCAGUCCUUUCAUGGCCAUCGUUGCUCAGCCGUAAUACGUGCUACGAAUUCAGUCAAUGGCACAUCCUUGGUGAUUAUUUAGAAAGUCUGAUGCAGGUCGGUUCUUUGCAUGAAAAACUAGGAUUCUCUGACGAAGCUGAGAGAAGCUUUCGCGAGGGACUUUGGUUGGCGAAGGCUCAAAAUCUAACUUUUUCUUGUAUACGUUUUACUUCUGCUUUAGGUGAAGUGCACAGGAAGCAGCACAUGUGGGAACAUGCCGAGGAAGGUUUAAAGGAUGCUGAGAAAAUGCUGGAAGAGCUGAAUAGUGGCAAUGUUUGUGCCGGCUGCAUUACGAUGGAAAAAUGUCUCCUUAAACUGCGGUUUGGGGAUCUCGCUCGGCACUCUCCAAAGCUGGACGGAGGGAACAUUUGCACCAAAACCAAACUGGACAUUGCUCUGAUGCACUACGAAUUUGCGAUAGAAGCUUUGACCGAGUUGCCUUUCUUGCGGGAAGUCUUGGAGGAGUUCAAGCAUGCCUCUCAUGGAGGGUACAGAAAGUUCCGUCUGAGAGACACUACGUUGUCAGCCUGGACGCGCUACAAGUGGGAAUAUCAUAGUCGGUGUUUGGCCGCGAAGCUGUUUAUCGAACAAGGCAGCUGUCGGUUUCAGCUACGAGACGUCCUCAAGGCAGAAGAGAGCUACCUGCAAGCGAGACAGCUUAUUAAUGUAGAAGUCGAAACCUCUGAGCAGAGCUCCCAUGCUAGCAUCAACGCAAGCUUGUUCCCCCUAGAGGAAGCGAACUUGCUGUAUAACUGGAGCUUACUUCGUUUGUGGGAAGGGUGUGCUCAAAGAGUUAGUGACGAAUUUUUGUCUAUGCCAUGCACUUGGUUGUACCGCGCCUUUUUCUUGAGUAUUACGGCUUCUGUUUUGUCUAAAAAGGUGUGCCAACUUUUAGCAAUCCUUCACUUUUUAAUGCUUGCUACGAAUAAUAGCAACCAUGAGACGAAGGAGUUAGCCGCCUAUUUUCACCAAGCAUCCAUAGGAUCGAUGAGUCGCCAGCAACACCUUCUAGUACUCGACUCUAAAUCGCAACAGGCUGAUGCUCGAACGUGUAUAAAAGAAAUGAGAAAAGCACUGAGAGUGGUACAAGAAGGAUCAUUUGAUCUGAGGGCCGAGUUUAAGGCGCUUAUGGACGGAUUGCCUUCCGCAACUAUAUGCUGCAUCAGCUUACUCGAGCAAGAGUUCUCUUUUAUUUUGGAGCAAAUUGGUAAAGAUCCUAUUGCCGCAUGGCUACUUAUCUCUCGCAUCGGAGGCGAUGUCGUGGUUACCAUCCUCCCCAUAGGCUGUGCUAAUCGUACUGGUUUUGAAGUUCGCCAAGCACCUGAAAGCAGAUGGAGGCACAAAAGCGUCUUAGAAUCCGAUGCUCUAGUUAGAGCCUUUAUGGGAGAACUGGCCUCUAUUCUAGAUGAAAGCCGUCAAUCUACGUCUCGUCUACUACCAGUAUCUACUCCAGAAGAAAAAAACCAGUGGUGGAAAUGGAGAACUGAGCUAGAUACACGACUGGCUUCAUGUCUAAGAAACAUAGAAAACAGCUGGCUUGGAUUCUGGAAAUGUCUGCUGCUGGGAGAACCUGCUCGAUCCUCUGUUUCAGAAGCCCUUCGCAAAAAGUCCAAGGAGCUGUGCCGAACUUUGAAGUCCAAGAGUUUCCUUGGGCAAUUGAAAGCAUGUAAAGUACCUGAGGAAGCGCUGGUAAAGUUAUUGCUGCAAGCAGUUGGCUCACUAGAAGCUGAGCAGCUCCGCCAAGGUAUCGCUUUUAUUCUGGGUUGGGAUCAUAACCUUGGAGAAAGGGAGGAAUUAUUGAUUGAGAAAGCAGCGGAAGCAUUUCGUUCUUCAUUUCUAUCGGCAACCAACAAGGAGCUGGAUAUUGAGAGGGAGCCCGUUGAACUUGUCCUUGAUGGUAAAUUGCAGGCCUUACCAUGGGAAAGCCUUCCGGUCAUGCGAAAACUUGAAACAUAUCGCAUGCCUUCGCUAGGAAGCAUAAAAGCCGUUUUCAUCCACCAUAGAUAUUCAUUGUUGGAGCUCGACGUUUGUAAUGGCUUGGGGCGUCUACAACUAAAUGGAAAGGCGAGAAGAAACGCCAUUAGAGGAGCAUCCAGACCAGCCGUCAAUCCUCAUAGUACAUUUUACCUGUUAAAUCCUGGAGGUGAUUUAGAAAGCACACAGUCGGCUUUUGAGGAAUGGUUUAGGCGCCAAAAAGGCUGGGAGGGUAAAACAGGCCAGGUCCCUACGCUUGACGAGUAUUUGGAAGGAUUUCAGCAGCAUGACAUGUUCGUUUAUCUCGGACAUGGCAGUGGUGACCAAUAUUUUCCUGAGAAGCACAUGCGCAAGCUUGUACAGUGUCCAGCAUCGCUUCUGAUGGGAUGUAGUAGUGGUCGUUUCUCCGCAAGGGGAGACUACGAACCAGUUGGAGUGCCGCUAUCUUACCUCAUGGCUAGUUGUCCUUUGGCUAUAGCAAACCUGUGGGACGUGACUGAUGGAGACAUCGACAGGUUUAGCAGAGCUGUGCUCCAGAGAUGGCUAGAGAGCUGUGCAAACGAAGGGGCCUCGAAACCAAAGAUCAAGACGCCGGUGAAGGCCCCAAGAAGGGGUAGAAGUUCGUCGAAGGCAGUACAGGAGGUGGACGACAGUUUAUCUACGACCGAAGAAUGGGAAGAAGUUUGCAUCGGUCCCAGCAUCGAAGCCGGCAGGGAAGCGUGCAGACUUCCAUACUUGAUUGGAGCAUCGCCCGUCUGCUUUGGAGUUCCGACUGUUAUUCGCAGGAGCAAAACGGACGAUAAGAUCACGAGUCAAUGAUGCUGGCUGUGCUGCAGGCACUUAAGAUGGUUGAAGCGCCUGCAACUCAAGCUUGGCUUUCUAAAGAAGCCUCUGCUCGUUUUAAUGUGGGACCAUGGUAAAUUCCUCCUCGUAACCAUUGCUACAGUGACUCAGCUGUGGUUUUGCAGGCUUACCUUUGCUAGGUAAAGCCCGCACAGUGGUUUUUCCAUCGCUCUAGGAGGAAAAGAAGAGCACCAGUGUUGCAAGGGGGGUUUCUCGGCCUUCUUGCGUGCGCUCGACUCGAGUCUACUCGCCAUGGACGACAAGAAGAAUGCGGCGAAGACUAGUGCACAGGGGGUCCAGCGCGAGGAUGUUCUCAAGGCGGCGAAGAAGAAGCCCCUCCCUCCAAAGCGUGGCGAGGUGAAGAAGGAAGUGGUGGCGUCGCUCAUCACUUCAAUCGGCUCACUGCUGCCACCGUCGUCUUCAUGCUGCUCUUCGUGACAGGCAAAAGCUUCAUCAUCUCUAGUGUUUCUCCAGAUCUAUGUUGCUAACAGAUAUGUGAGUGAACCGAGUGGAAUCGUCCGUGUGAGAUGGGCGUGGCUCGGUUUUGUGCUAUAGAAAUCUCUUUCGCGCUUAGUGGGCCUACACUGUUGCUUCGCACCAGAUGCAGGCCCUGUCAAAAUCCCCUCUUUUUUUCGAGGAUCGAUCCUUUUGCUUAUGGGAACCUUCCUUCCUAUC